AUGGCGGCCGAGAAGCUUAGGGACUUGAGCCAACCGAUUGACGUCGGCUUGCUCGAUGCCACCGUCGCUGCCUUCUACGGCACCGGAUCUAAGGAGGAGAGGACAGCUGCAGACCAUAUAUUGCGGGACUUGCAGAACAAUCCGGAUAUGUGGCUCCAAGUUGUGCACAUUUUACAGAGCGCCAAGAACCUAAACACCAAGUUCUUUGCCUUGCAGGUCCUAGAAGGGGUUAUCAAGUAUAGGUGGAAUGCAUUACCUGUUGAACAGCGAGAUGGAAUGAAAAAUUAUAUCUCUGACGUCAUUGUUCAGCUAUCAAGUAAUGAGGCCUCUUUUCGAAUGGAGAGACUGUAUGUCAACAAACUCAAUAUUAUAUUGGUUCAGAUUUUGAAGCAUGAUUGGCCUGCUAGAUGGCGAAGCUUUAUACCGGAUCUCGUUUCAGCAGCUAAAACUAGUGAAACAAUUUGUGAGAAUUGUAUGGCCAUAUUGAAACUUCUAAGUGAAGAGGUUUUUGACUUCUCAAGGGGGGAAAUGACUCAGCUGAAGAUUAAAGAGCUUAAACAAUCAUUGAACAGUGAGUUUCAACUCAUUCAUGAGUUAUGCCUUUAUGUACUAUCAGCCUCUCAAAGAGCCGAACUCAUACGUGCAACAUUAUCCACAUUGCAUGCUUUCCUCUCGUGGAUUCCCUUGGGUUAUAUAUUUGAGUCCCCUUUGCUUGAAACCCUUCUAAAAUUUUUUCCGAUGCCUUCUUACCGGAAUCUCACCAUUCAGUGUUUAACGGAGGUUGCAGCACUUAGUUUUGGUGAAUUCUACAAUGUACAGUAUGUUAAGAUGUAUAAUAUAUUCAUGGUCCAGUUACAGACUAUUCUCCCAUCUACCACAAACAUCCCUCAAGCUUAUGCAAAUGGAUCUAGCGAUGAACAGGCAUUCAUUCAGAACUUGGCACUGUUUCUCACUUCGUUUAACAAGUCACAUAUUCGUGUGCUUGAAACCACACAAGAGAAUAUAGCUGCAUUGUUGAUGGGUCUUGAAUAUCUAAUAAACAUCUCAUAUGUGGAUGACACUGAAGUUUUUAAGGUUUGCUUAGACUAUUGGAAUUCCUUGGUUUUGGAAUUGUUUGAGGCGCAUCAUAAUUUGGAUAACCCUGCAGCAACUGCAAAUAUGAUGGGGCUGCAGAUGAAUUUGCUUCCUAGUAUGGUUGAUGGCCUUGGCUCACAGAUUAUGCAAAGGCGGCAAAUAUAUGCCAGUAUUAUGUCAAAGUUGAGGUUGCUCAUGAUCUGUCGAAUGGCUAAGCCAGAAGAGGUUCUCAUUGUUGAAGAUGAGAAUGGGAACAUUGUUCGCGAGACCUUGAAGGACAAUGAUGUUCUUGUUCAAUAUAAGAUCAUGAGGGAGACACUGAUAUAUUUGUCACACCUUGACCAUGAGGACACUGAGAAGCAGAUGCUAAAGAAAUUAAGCAAGCAACUCAGUGGUGAGGAUUGGGCAUGGAACAACUUAAACACCUUAUGCUGGGCAAUAGGGUCCAUAUCUGGUUCCAUGAUGGAAGAACAGGAAAAUAGAUUUUUGGUGAUGGUCAUACGCGACUUGCUGAAUUUAUGUGAAAUCAUAAAAGGGAAAGAUAACAAAGCAGUUAUUGCUAGCAACAUUAUGUAUGUUGUUGGACAAUACCCAAGGUUUUUAAGAGCUCAUUGGAAGUUCCUAAAGACUGUUGUGAAUAAGUUGUUCGAGUUUAUGCAUGAAACUCAUCCCGGAGUUCAGGAUAUGGCCUGUGACACAUUCCUGAAAAUUGUUCAGAAGUGCAAGCGUAAAUUUGUUAUUGUACAGCUUGGAGAAAAUGAACCAUUUGUGUCUGAACUCCUGACAGGCCUGCCAACAACUGUUGCCGAUCUUGAGCCUCACCAGAUUCAUACUUUUUAUGAAGCUGUUGGUAAUAUGAUUCAAGCAGAAUCUGACCCUCAAAAGAGGGAUGAAUAUCUACAGAGAUUGAUGAAUCUCCCAAAUCAGAAAUGGGCAGAGAUUAUAGGGCAAGCACGCUUGAGUGUUGAUUUCCUCAAGGAUCAGGAGGUUAUUCGCACUGUGCUUAAUAUAUUACAGACAAAUACUAGUGUUGCCAGCUCCCUUGGAACGUUUUUCCUGAGUCAGAUUUCAUUGAUCUUUCUGGACAUGCUUAAUGUGUACAGGAUGUACAGUGAGCUCGUAUCUAGUAGCAUUGCAGAAGGGGGGCCCUUCGCUUCUAAGACAUCCUAUGUGAAACUUCUACGGUCAGUAAAGAGGGAGACUCUCAAGCUGAUUGAGACAUUCUUGGACAAGGCCGAAGACCAAGCACAUAUAGGAAAACAAAUUGUCCCUCCAAUGUUGGAUCCGGUGCUCGGUGACUAUGCCAGGAAUUUGCCUGAUGCUAGAGAGUCGGAGGUUUUGUCACUUUUUGCCACAAUUAUAAAUAAGUACAAGGGUGCAAUGAUAGAUGAUGUGCCCCGAAUAUUUGAAGCUGUUUUCCAGUGCACAUUGGAGAUGAUUACCAAAAAUUUUGAAGAUUACCCAGAGCAUCGCCUGAAGUUCUUCUCUUUACUUCGUGCCAUUGCUGCUCAUUGUUUUCCUGCAUUGAUUCGGUUAUCAAGUCCGCAACUAAAGCUUGUAAUGGAUUCAAUUAUAUGGGCGUUUCGGCACACAGAAAGAAACAUUGCGGAAACAGGGCUGAACCUCCUGUUGGAGAUGCUGAAGAACUUUCAGAAGUCGGAGUUCUGUAAUCAAUUUUACCGUACAUACUUUUUGACAAUCGAACAAGAAAUCUUUGCUGUCUUGACGGACACGUUUCAUAAGCCUGGGUUCAAGUUGCAUGUCUUGGUGCUCCAACAUUUAUUUUGCCUGGUGGAAAGUGGUACGUUGACAGAGCCUCUGUGGGAUAUUGCAGCAGUUCCUUACCCAUAUCCCAAUAAUGGAAUUUUUGUUCGUGAGUAUACGAUCAAGCUUUUGAGUACUUCAUUCCCGAACAUGACUGGAACUGAGGUCACUCAAUUUGUGAGUGGACUAUUUGACUCGAGGACUGACCUAUCCACCUUUAAGAAUCACAUCCGAGACUUUCUAGUGCAAUCCAAAGAAUUUUCUGCACAGGACAACAAAGAUCUUUAUGCAGAGGAGGCUGCUGCACAGAGGGAGAAAGAUCGGCAACGAAUGCUUUCUAUUCCAGGGCUCAUUGCCCCCAAUGAGAUACAGGAUGAAAUGGUUGAUUCCUAG